GCCCCGCCCCUUGCACUGCCGCUCCAUUUUCUUCCCAACAUCCACAGCGGCAGCCUGUGAGCUCUGAGCAAGAUGGCGGACAGACCAGUGCCCUUGGCUGAGAGGAGGUUGAUGGAUGUCAAGCUGGCCGAGCUUCCAAACUGGCUCGGUAAAAGGGACUUCACCCCAAAUGGGGUCAUUCGCUCAGUUCGUGGAGGCUAUGACCGUUACUUUAACAAGUACAUCAAUGUGAAGAAAGGAGGUAUUGGUGGUAUUGCAAUGCUCCUGGUUGGCUAUAUCGCUCUGAGUUACGCGUGGGAAUACGAUCAUAUUAAGCACGACAGGUGGAGGAAGUACCACUAAGGCUUCUUGGACACAAUGGACCACCGGAACUGUCCGCUGCAGUGUGACCAGCACACCUUUAUGCUUUCUGUGAUACCUGUAUAAAGUAAUUUGUUGUGACCAAGAAUUAAACUAAGAUUAUUAAGUA